CCAAAAAGAAACACAAAGAAAGACACACUGAUAGCACAGCACACACUCCAACUAAUUAAUCUCUCCAAGUGAAGUGAGAGAGUGAUGGAGAUAAUCACUAGUACUGGUACUGAAAAGCUACUAGAAACCGCGCGACGACGUUUUCUGCACAAAGCGAAGGGGGAUCGAUCGAUCGGCCGCGCGAGAGAAGAACAAGAUCAUCACCUCCACUCCACUCCACUGCCACUUCACUGAUCGAGCUCACCUUUUCCUCUUUCUGCUGCUGCCGCCGACCUUUUCUCCCGCCCCCCCCCCCCCCCCCCUGUGCCUUUGAGAUCAUGGCCAAUCCACACUUGUUGUUGUUCUUUCCCUUCGUCGUCGUCGUCGCGGCCUCUGCUAUAACAACCUCCUCUUCCUCCUCCUCCUCCUGCAUCAGUGGCUACUGGCCCCAGUGCAGCUGCAGCUAGCUAGACAUGGCUCGCAAGAACAGAGAUGGGAGAGUAGCAGUGUGGUUGAUGAUGGUGUUCUUGCUACUGUCCGGAUCAUAUCAGUGUGAGGCGAGAGCUCUGAUGAGGCGAAGCAGGAGGAACACGCUGCUGAACGCGCUGUACAAGCUCAACUUCAUCAGGACGGUGGAGCCGAUGCAGCUGCCUUCUUCGUCUCCUUCUCCGGCGAAGCCGGACGGCGACGCGGCGAGCCUCGCCGACGCCACCGGCGACGGCUCGAGCUCGCCGUACUGCGUCAACCCUCCGAACGCGCCCCCGUCGUCCUCCACCCCGACAACGACACCGACGCCGACACCUCCCUUCGCCUCGACGCCGUUCGCCCCGGACGACCAGCCCCCGCCGCUGCCCCCCAUCGGCGGCUUCACGCCACCGUCGUUCGAGCCGAGCCCGCCUGCGUCGUCCACGCCUGGCUUCACCCCGAGCACGCCUGGGUCUGCCCCACCGAGCCCGAUCUUCGUCGUGCCCAGCCCUCCCGAGACCGGACCCGGCGGCGGCGGUUUAGGUGGCGGCAGCGGCGGCGAGGGCGGCGGCGGUGUAGGUGGCGGCAGUGGAGCGAGGCGGUGCGGUGGUGGUGUAGGUGGUGGGCUGGCGGCGGCGGCAGUGGCGGCGAGGGUGGUGGCGGUGGCGGCAGUAGCGGUGGAGGCGGGAGCAAUGGUGGAGGCGGGAGCAGCGGAGGAGGCGGGAACAGCGGCGGCGGGGGAGGAGGGGGAGGGUUCUUGCCGCCGAUAGUGUACCGCCGCCGCNCGCGCGNNGGCCCGGGGGCGGGGGAGGCGCUGUGGUGCGGUGCGAAGCCGACGGUGCCGGACCCGAUAAUGCAGGAGGCGAUGGACUACGCGUGCGGGUCGGGGGCGGAGUGCGGGUCGAUCCAGCCGAGCGGGGCGUGCUACACGCCCGACACCGUGCUCGCCCACGCCUCCUACGCCUUCAACAGCUACUGGCAGAUGACCAAGGCCGCCGGUGGCACCUGCGACUUCGGCGGCACCGCCACCAUCGUCACCCGUGACCCAAGCUAUGAAAAGUGCCAAUUCGACCUACUAUGAAGGAGUUGCACUGCAGAGAUGCAGCAGAACAGGCUGCAUUGCAUGUGCAUGCAGAUCGAUGUGCAAACAUUCUUUGCAAGUUUGUUGGGCAGUCAUUCCAUUUGCCUCUAGGCCACAUAGCACUGCAGAUUUUGUAACUAGCUGUUUAGCAUGAUUUUGAUCAUUAUUACACGACUAAUACUUGUGCAAAAAGGUGAUUCCUUCACAUGUGGAGUAUUAUACUAGCACUAGUCACUCCUC